GCAUUAGAACGCGACAACGGCCGUUCUUUUAAAUCUGGGUCGACGCUGCUGUGUGACGAGGAUAACUUAGUGUCUUCGUCUUUUUAAGCAACCGUGACACCGCUUACCCGGGCGCAUCUAUCCGCAAUUCUCUCUCUCCCCAUUCCCCAAGAAAAACUCGCGAUUCGAGAUGGCAGGCUAUCCGCCUCCGGGCUCCGGCUACCCCUACGGCGCGCCGCCGGGGCACCCCUACGGCGCGCCGCCCUACGGUGCCCCGCCGAACCCCUACGGCGCCGGCGCUCCGCCGCCGCCCUACGGUGCUGGCCCUCCGCCGUCAGCGCCAUACGCCCCGGCAGGGGAGAAGCCCCCCAAGGAAGGCAAGGCGCAGGGUGCCCACGGGAGCGGGGGCAGCUACUACCAGUAUCAGACUCCGCCGCCACCGGCGGGGGCGUACGGGAGCCCGUUCGCGUCGCUAGUGCCGUCGGCGUUCCCGCCGGGGACGGACCCGAACGUGGUGGCGUGUUUCCAGGCGGCGGACCGGGACGGGAGCGGCUUCAUCGACGAUAAGGAGCUCCAGCAGGCGCUCUCCUCCUACAAUCAGAGCUUCAGCAUCCGGACCGUCCACCUUCUCAUGUACCACUUCACCAACAGUAACGUCCGCAAAAUCGGGCCAAAGGAAUUCUGCUCGCUGUUCUACAGCCUUCAGAACUGGAGGACCAUCUUUGAGAGGUUUGAUCGGGAUCACAGUGGUAAGAUUGAUGCUCCUGAGCUACGAGAAGCUCUUCUGAGUCUUGGGUUUUCUGUUUCUCCGGUGGUCUUGGACCUGCUCGUGUCCAAGUUUGAUAAAUCUGGAGGCAAAAACAAAGCCAUUGAAUAUGAUAACUUCAUUGAAUGUUGCCUUACUGUUAAGUUUGGAGCUAGAACUGAAAUGGCAUAUUUUCUAUUUGGAUCGUUGGGAUGGCAGGGGCUGACAGAAAAGUUCAAGGAGAAGGACACCACGUACACGGGGUCGGCCACAUUCACUUAUGAAUCUUUCAUGCUCAUUGUCUUGCCCUUCCUCAUCGCAUGAAGAAAGCUGCGUGUACCAGCCUUGUUCUUGUUCGGGCAUAUUACCUAGUGUUGCACUCUCUCUGCCUUGUUGUCCUCGGGUCAUGUUGCUUGUGAUGCUACUCAAUGUUGAUUCGUGGUGACAAGAUCUUUUCCUUAGUAUGUUAUUUUGGAUGGUUUGCAUUGUAUGUGAUCUCUUUGUAGACGUGAGAUGAGUCACAUGAAAUGCUUUGUUUUUAUAGUCUAAUUAAACAUCAGGCAAAUGGCAUCUGGUUUUUCUCAAAC